GACUUCUGGUAAUCGAAAAUGAAAUACAAAUUUAUAUUAGCAGUGUAAUAAUACAUUAUAUUACACUAUUAUAUUACAUAGUACUUUACAUUGAGUACAUUGUAUAACACUUAAAUUUAUUAUUGUUGGUUAAUUUUGACACAGUUACAACAAUAUAUUUUGAUACAAUUAACUAUGUACUCAUCCUUGUUUUGCGGACAUAUCUUUCGGCGUGGGUCAAACGACAAAAGCUUUUGGGGGGCCGUCUAAUGUAAAAACAGGCUAGCCAGUUACAAAUCCCUCAGGAUAUCUUUAGUAGUAUAAUACAUGUGUUACAGAAUAUAAACUAAUUAUACGUACACUCUGGUGCUGAGUUGUCUUAUCUGGCAAGUUCAACCAAAAGAGACGUUAAAUUGUCACUGAAACAGUUCUCUUCGGUGUGGGUAAUACGAGUAUAAAUAGCUAUAGUCAUAGAAUUUAUGAAAGUUUUCUAUUACUGAUGUUUAAUUACUAAACUCAUUGUUGUAACUGAGUCGUCGAAUCUAAAAAUAUUUAUUUUUUAAAAUAAUGUUCAGUUAUAAUAUUUCGGAAACAUUUUAGAUUACAUUUUAUCUCAGAAAGCUGAACACAAAAAAAUACUUCAAAUUUUUGUACUCUAUCUUUUAAUUAUUAUUAUCUUUACUUCAUCCGCUACAGAAGUAAUCAUUUUAAUCGCAGGGAAGACUUAUUGGGCUAUAUCUAUCUUUAACGAUAUCCUAUAGCCACUAUAGGAUAGUGCAAACCCAUUGAAGAAGAGUUGUGGUCGAUUAUUUUUUUUUUGUCUUUUAAUAAAUUCUAACCAUUAAGGUGUUUUUCCCCAAUUAUCCAAAAUGUACAACACUUUAAAUAUUAAAAUAAAUUACAGUGAUCGAAUAGCAUUGUGGCAAGAUGAGAUAUUGCUCGUACAAUGCUUAUAUUUUAAUAUUGACAGAUGACUUUAGAAGUUCAAAGCUAUCAAUUCAGAGCUGACAACAAACAAAAAUGGUUUUAUCCGAACGAUUUUUAGAUGUAACUCGCUAUUGUACCCUCAACGAAUUAGCGGUCCUGCGCAAACCCAUAAUACAGUGAUAUUUGGUGUAACACUUUGGGGAAAAACAGAAAUGAUCAUGCCAGAAGUCGUGAACGUUUCCAGUAUUGACGAAGUGAGCUCUUGGAACGUUUCUGACAUUGUAACGGACAUUUCGUGCCAAAUGAAACCAUACGAGGAAACACUUGGCUCGGUUGUGUUCAAAUCCAUAGCCUUUGCGAUAGGUAUGCUCGUCAUAGUCACUGCGCUCGUCGGCAACGGUCUGGUUUGCAUUGUGAUCACAUCUUCCACACAAACGAUAUCCGUCAUCAACACGUUAAUCCUGAACAUAGCCAUUAGCGAUAUGAUCAUACCGUUGUUCUACUUUCCAUACUUGGUAAACGUCAUUUUCAUGAACUACUGGCCUUUUGGCGAAGCUCUCUGUGACGUUUACUCCUAUUUGAAUACGGUCGUCAUUCAGGUCAGUACUUAUACGAUGGUCGCUAUCAGUAUAAACAGAUAUGUAGCAGUAAUCUGGCCUUUGAAGACACGAGCAAGUAAGCAAAACGGCAAGUCUAUAAUAUUUUUGGUUUGGACAUUGUCGGCGGUUACCUCAGUCCCUUUCCUGUUUGCCAACGGACUGCAACAGCCGUCUAUUUGGUAUAAGAGUACUACGUCUUACAAACCUAUAGUUUCGAUGAGCACGUGGGAUCACCGAGCUCCUUUUUGCUUCAUGCUGUACUGGCUGGGCAUGUCGCAUACUUGUCACAAUCCUGUUAUCUAUUGUUGUAUGAACAACGAAUUCCGGAAAGAACUCGUGCCCUUGCUGCGAAAAAUGCCUUUGCUUGGAAGGUGCCUUUGCAGGGUAAACACCAGUGUGGCCGAAGCCAUCCCGUUGCAGGCAAAACACUGUCAGUCGGACAGAAGUUCAUCCCGAAGAUAA